AUGUCUUCCACCACCGCCGGGACAUCCACAUUCCAUCUCCCUGACUCGAACCCUAGCAUCCCCAUAACCCACCCAUCAUCCCUCACAAAGGACCAACUUCUUACCUUUCCCGCCUUCAAACUCUGGCUGGGCACACUACAAAAGUCCCUGUCUCUACAAUACACCUCACAAGCCCAUCCGUUCCAUUUCUCUCCUUAUGCUCUACGCUCAGUCGCGAUCCAAUCCGUCGACUUUUUUCUAGGUGAUCGGCUCGGAUUUCUCAAGUUAAAAGCCACCGUCACCAACGAUGCCGGUGAGCAUUUGCCAGGCGCCGUAUUCAUGCGCGGCGGGAGCGUUACGAUGCUCAUCAUCUUGUCUCCCGAGUCAACGCAUCGAUGGACGGACACGCGAGAAGAAUACGUGAUCUUGACCAUCCAGCCGCGCAUUGCCGCGGGGUCUCUCAGCUUUGUCGAGCUUCCUGCCGGAAUGAUCGAUGAUAGCGGCACGUUCGCGGGCGCCGCCGCCAAGGAGAUACGCGAGGAGACCGGUUUGGAAAUCGCGGCAGAUGAACUACUCGAUUUGACACAGUUGACAAUGCAAGCACGUAUUUCACCUUCGGAAUGGGUCCCUGAUCCUGCUCACCAUACUGCCACUGGGAGUGAUGUCAAAAGUAGUGAUGUAGAUGAACCCCAUCUCCAAGCAGCCAUAUACCCAUCGCCCGGUGGCAGUGAUGAAUUCAUACCCAUUUUCCUGGCGCGCAAGACAGUGCCUCAGGCAUCGAUUGACGAACUCAAAGGCAAAUUGACCGGGCUUAGGGGCCAUGGGGAGAAAAUCACGUUGAAGAUCGUGAGGCUGGAUGAAGUGUGGAAGGUGGCGGGACGGGACGGCAAGACGUUGGCUGCGUUGGCGCUGUACCAGGGAUUGAAAGGGGAGGGAAGGAUAUGA